AUGAACGAAGUUACAACCCAGCUGAUUUUCAGUAAUCACAGUUAAUACGUAAAUUGUGAAUGGCAAAGGCCGAAACCCGUUACGAUUACAGAACAGAUAUUUUUUCAAUGCGUUGAUGAAAAGUGAAUCAUGGACAACGAGGACCUUGAUGAAUCGGAGAUUAUAAUUGAUGAAGCCAAGGCAAGCAAAUUGUGGAUUCACUGCAAUUGCUGCUUUGCGCAUUAUGUCGAUGAGCAGACCAUGUUAUUUUUGCUGGCCUGUCAGCAUGUUAUAUGCGAAAAAUGCGUUACUGCCAGUUUGGGUCGCAUUCCCGGCGACGCACCCACGUAUACGUGCCCGAUUUGCCGUAAAAAUGUGCGCGGUCGGCAGGUGAACAAUGCGCUGCCCACAAAUCUCAAGGAUAUGUUUCAUCCAGAGCCAUGGCGCGACGGCCUGCCUCACGAUCUAAUCGACGCCUUUCAGAAAACACAUAUCAACAGUUUGGAUACGCAUAUAUCCAAAAAGGAAAAAGAAGAACUUAAGUUAGAUAAGGACAUACAGUUGGCACGCACACUCUGUCGAAAACAUUACUUGGAAGGGCAUCGACUUCGUGCGACGCGAAAGCAGCUCGAAUUUCGUGCGCGGAGAAUAAGUCACAUUGUUAAAAUUCGAAGAGAGGAGGCUCAACGCCGAUUGGCCCGACGUAGAGCCGAGUCCCCAAAACAGACCGAUUGCAUUAUGCAAGGCACUAAAAAUUCUCAUUCCCGUCCAGGGUCAGCAGUAGCAUAUUUACCAGCAGAAACUAAGGCUACGCUGCAGUAUCCAGCCAUAAACAGCUUUGUACACCAUCGUAAUAAUUCAUUUGUAUUAUAA